AAUUGCAUACAUGUUGCUGAUUCAGAGCCAAAUUUAUCAUCAAGCUGGUUCGUUAUUGCCAUACCCCGUCGCUGAUUAUCAAUUUUUGCAAAUUUAUUUUAUUGGUGAUGAAAAUCGGGAAUUGGAUCAACGUUGUGCAAUUGCUUUGAAUACAAAACGAGAAGUUAUUUGUGAGCUACAAAGGUUUUUCCAUCAGCAUAACGCAUUAGUUCAAUUGUUCAAAAUUGCUCUCGAUCGUAUGCCCUCUGAUCAUCACAAAAUCGUAAUAAGGGCUGAUAGAACACCUUUUGGAGAGCAUGAAAUUUGAUUCAAUGCACCGACAAUUGAUGAGGUUGCAAUUGUAAUUCGUGGUGAUCAGUUUCAGUGGUGUGAUAUUAUACUUCAUCGUAGAAAUGACCAAUUGCAACGUGUUUCGGAACUUCAUCGUAGUUACGACGCAUUACAAUACCCAAUAUUGCAUUGGAAAGGUGACGAUGGCUAUAAUAUAAAUAUACCAAUGAUUGAUCCACGAACAGGUCUACAUGUACAGAAAAAAGUUAGUGCCAUGAAUUUUUAUUCUUAUCGAUUGAUGGUUCGUCCACAAGAACAAAAUUAUAUCUUGAGAUGUCGUAAACUAUAUCAUCAGUACAUCGUUGAUAUGUACGUCAAAAUAGAAACAGAACGUCUUAAUUUAAUUCGUUUCAACCAAGCAAAAUUAAGAUCUGAACAAUAUAUUCAUUUGCAAGACGCGAUAGCAAAUGAUGCUAAUAUUAAUGACAUCGGACGUUUAACUGUAUUGCCAUCUUCGUAUAUUGGUAGCCCACGGAAUAUGAACGAAUAUGCACAAGACGCAAUGUGUUAUGUAAAAAAAUACGAUCGACCGGAUCUGUUCAUUAGAUUUACAUGUAAUCCGCAGUGGGAUGACAUCAAAAACAAUUUAUUUGCAGGACAGUCGACAACCGAUCGUCAUGACAUUACUGCGCGUGUUUUUCGGCAAAAAUGUAAAGCAAUUAUGGAUUUAAUUGCGAAAUUAUAUGUAUUUGGGGAGGUGCGUUGCCAUAUGUACUCCAUUGAAUGGCAGAAAAGGGGAUUGCCGCACGCACAUAUACUAAUUUGGCUGGUACAUAAAGUAACUCCGGAUCAAAUCGAUAACUUUAUAUCAGCUAAAAUUCCUAAUCACACUGCUGAUCCUGAGUUAUUUCUAGUUGUCGUUAAAAACAUGAUACAUGGACCGUGUGGUGAACUAAAUAUGAAUUCACAAUGUAUGAUUGAUGAAAAGUGUUCGAAACGAUACCCAAGGCAAUUUACUUCAGACACAAUAACGGGCAAUGACGGAUAUCCGUUGUAUCGACGUAGAUCACCUAAUGAUAAUGGCAAAACGGCAACCAUUAGAAUGCAUAACCAGGAAGUUGAAGUUGAUAAUCGUUGGGUGGUUCCGUAUUGUCCAUUACUAUCGAAAAUAUUCAACGUCAAAUAG